AUGUUUGCUAAUCGAACUGCAACAAUGGCACUAGAAGAACUGGCAUAUGCUAAGUACGAUUGCAAAAGAUCAUAAUCCGAGGAAAACAGAAUUUUUUUCAGGAUGAAAAUAAUAAUUGUAUAUCUCUGUGGUUUAUACAGAAUUUAUGUGCCAGAAUAAAUGAUGAAUAUUUGCGAUCAUAACACAUAUUUCUUAACACAAUUUGUAGACGAAAUACAACUUCUAUUUGUAGAAAAUUGAAAAAAAAUUUGAAAUACUCAAUAAAGCCUAAACCAAUCUUGAUCAUUUUUUUCUUAAAAUUCUUUCUAAUUUAAAUUUCAAUAAUUUCAAUCUUCGGAGCAUAAACGUGAAGCCUAUUUUGAAAAUGUUUGAACCACUUUAUCCACUAACUGAGCAUCUUUAUGUAUCACAGAAAACUGUCCCAGACAGUACUGAACGAAUUAUAUACUUAAAAAAAGUGAAAUUGCUUUCAUUCAUUUCUUUUUUUAGGUGAGGAUUUCGUCAGAAUUUAUCCCCUUAAAGGACUAGAAUCCUAUUUAUCAUCAGACUCUUUGUAUUUUAAGAGAAAAUUCUUUAAGAAAUCUUUUCAGAAGUAAAUGGGUUACAUGAAUUUCGGCCCAAGGAAUUUUCGAGCCGGACUUUCGGCCUCAAAUGAAUUUUUUUUUAUCAUAAAACUGGGUCAUUCUCAUCCUCAUAUCCAUUUCAUAAUGGGCCGAAAGUCCGGUCCGAAAAUUCCUUGGACCGAAAUUCUGGGCUCCCUUAUCAUUACCCAUAAUUUACUAAUUUUCUUGCGGUGACAUAAAAGCUAAUGUACAUGUUUUUUUAUAAAGAUUUCUUAUAUUAAUUUCAUUUAUAUCACUUGAUUUACUGUUGAUAAAUGCAGAUUGAAAACCCAAAUCUUGUAAUUUGCUGUAAAUACCAGAGACGUGCACAGGACAGGGCGCAAUUUUGAUUUUUGCCCUGUCCUGCCGCCCGCCAGGACGAGAUAGCUGGCAGGACAGGUCAGGACAGGACGAAAAAGCUUGUCCUGUUGUCCUGCAGUUUUCUUAAUCAAGCUUCUGGAAGAUCGGCAAUUUGGUGAAUUUCUAGGAUAAAAUUCGCCAAUUGUAAUCCU